AUGGAUAAAUGGACAUCGCUUCAUUGGGCGUGCCACAAUGGUCAUGAAGAAGUUGCCAAGGUUUUACUUAAAAAAGGUGCCAACAUUAACGCAUUGACCCACAAUAAAUGGACGCCACUUCAUAAAAGCUCAUCUAGAGGUCAUUUCGUUAUUGUUGAUUUACUACUUGAUAAUGGUGCAAACGUGAACGCUGUUGAAAUAGAUAAAUGGACACCGCUACAUUUGGCAUGUCAAAAUGGUCAUGAAGAUGUUGUCAAAACAUUAAUUGGCAGAUGUACCAACAUUGACGCAUUGACGGAUGUUAACUGGACAGCACUUCAUGAGAGUGCUUUUGUUGGUAACAGUGUUAUUGUGGAUUUACUGCUUGAUAAUGGUGCAAACGUCAAUGCUGUUGACGCAGAUAAAUGUACCCCUCUUCAUUGGGCCUGCGUGAAUGGACAUAAAGAAGUAGCGAAAACUUUAAUUAAAAGAAGUGCCAAAAUUAACGCAAUGGAUAAAAAUAAAUGUACAGCACUCCAUGUAAGUGCCUCAAAAGGACACAAAGUGGUUGUAGAUUUGCUUCUUGAUAAAGGUGCUAACGUAAACGAUAGAGAUAUAGAUAAAUGGACACCGCUUCAUUCAGCCUGCCACAAUGGUCACAAACAUGUUGUGGAUACUUUGAUAGGAAAAGAUGCCAACAUCAAUGUAUGGACUAAAAAUAGAUGGACUGCUUUUCAUGCCAGUGUUGUCAACGCUACAUUCCCCAAUUCCGGUGUGAACGUUAAUGCUAAUAAAAUAGACAAAUGGACGCCAUUACAUUUGGCAUGCCAGAAUGGCCACAAAGAAGUAGUGGAGAUUUUAACUAAAACAGGUGCAUUGAACAUUGAAGCAAUGACUCAGAAAAAGUGUACAGCUCUUCAUAUUAGCGCUUCCGAGGGUCACACCGAUGUUGUCAAUUUUCUAAUUGAUAAAGGUGCCAACGUAAACGCUACGGAAAUAGAUAAAUGGACACCGCUCCAUUUAGCUUGCCAGAAUGGCCACAGAGGUGCAGUGGAGAUUUUAACUAAAACAGGUGCAUUGAACAUUGAAGCAAUGACUCAGAAAAAGUGUACAGCUCUUCAUAUUAGCGCUUCCGAGGGUCACAUCGAUGUUGUCAAUUUUUUAAUUGAUAAACGUGCCAACGUAAACGCUACGGAAAUAGAUAAAUGGACACCGCUCCAUUUAGCUUGCCACAAUGGCCACAAAGAUGUAGUGGAGACUUUAAUUGGGAGAGGCGCCAACAUCAACUCACUAACACAUAAUGCAUGGACAGCUCUUCAUACAAGUGCUUCAGAAGGUCAUUCAGAUAUUGUAGAAUUACUACUAAACAAAGGGGCUAACGUAAACGCUAUUGAAAUAGAUCAAUGGACGCCACUUCAUUGGGCAUGCCAAAAUGGCCAUAAAAAGGUUGUGGAGACAUUGCUCAGCAGAAGUGCCAACAUUGACGCGGUGGCGCAUAAUCAAUGGACAGCUCUUCACAACAGUGCUUCCAAAGGUCACCUUGAUGUUGUUGAUUUACUACUCGAUAAAUGUGCAAACGUUAACGCUGUUGAUAUAGAUAAACGGACGCCACUACACUGGGCUUGUAAAAAUGGCCACAAAGAGGUUGCUGCGGCACUGAUCAAAAGAAAUGCUAACAUUGACGCAUUGACUUGCAAUGGAUGGACAGCUCUUCAUGAAAGUUCUUCCAAUGGUCACUACGAAAUUGUGAAUUUUAUUCUGGAUAACAAUGCCAAUGUAAAUGCUGUCGAAAUAGAGUGGCCGACGUUGCUGCAUCUGGCAUGCCAGAAUGGCCAUACAAAGGUUGUCGAGACACUGCUUAAAAGAGGUGCCAACAUUGGCGCAUUAAAUUGCCAUGAAUGGACAGCUCUUCAUGAAAGUGCUUCCAAAGGUCACUGCGAUAUUGUCAAUCUCCUCCUGGAUAACGAUGCAAACGUGAACGCUGCCGACAUAGAUAAAUGGACACCUCUUCAUUGGGCAUGUCAGAAUGGGCAUAAAAAGGUUGUAGAGGUACUAGUUCGAAAAGGUGCCAACAUUAACGCUAUGACUUGCAAUCAAUGGACAGCUCUGCAUAAAAGUGCUUCCCAAGGUCACAGUGAUGUUGUAGAUUUACUGCUUGAAAAUGGUGCAAACGUUGACGCUAUUGAAAUAGAUUAUUUGACACCACUUCAUUUGGCUUGUCAAAAUGGGCAUAAAGUGGUUGUUGAGGCACUGAUCAAAAAGAAGGCAACCGUGGACGCAUUAACUAACAAUGAAUGGACAGCUCUUCAUAAGAGUGCAUCCUUAGGUCACAGUGAUAUUGUAGAUUUACUGCUUGAUAGCGGUGCAAACGUCAACGCUGUUGAAAUAAACAAAUGGACUCCGCUUCAUUGGGCUUGUCAAAAUGGCCACAGAGACGUAGUGAAGAAAUUGAUUAGAAGCGGCGCCAAAAUUGACGCAAUGACAAAAAAUAAAUGGACUGCUCUCCAUGUAAGUGCUUUAGCAGGUCAUCGGGGUAUUGUUGAUUUACUGCUUGACAGAACUGCAAACGUUAAUGCUGCUGAUGAAAACGAAAUAAUGCCACUUUUUUUGGCAUGCCAAAUUGGCCACAAAGAAAUAGUAAAGACGUUGAUUAGAUUUGGUGCAAAUACCAUCGAAUUGACUAACAACAAAUGGACAGCUCUUCAUGAAAGUGCUUCCAAAGGUUACUGCGAUAUUGUAGGUUUACUACUUGAUAAAGGUGCAAACGUUAACGCCUUUGAUAUUAACCAGUGCACACCGCUUCGCUGGGCAUGCCAGAAUGGCCACAAAGAUGUUGUGGAGACUCUGGUUCGAAGAGGCGCCAUCAUUGACGCAUUGACUAAACAGAAAUGUACAGCUCUGCAUGUAAGCGCUUCCAAAGGUCACUGCGAAAUUGUAGAAACAUUGCUUGCUAGAGGUGCAAACAUAAAUGCUGUUCAGAAAAACAAAUGGACUCCUCUUCAUUUGGCAUGUCAGAAUAGACACAAAAAUGUAGUGGAAACUUUGAUAAAUAGAGGUGCAAACAUUGAAUUAUUGACUCGAAAUAAAUGUACUGCUCUUCAUGUAAGUGCUGGUGAAGGUCAGUGUGAUAUUGUUGAUUUACUGCUUGAUAAAGGAGCAAACGUAAACGCUGUUGAUAUUGAAAAAUGUGCACCGCUUCAUCGGGCGUGCCAAAAUAAUCAUAAAGACGUCGUGGAGAUUUUGAUUCGUGCACAUGCAAACAUUCAAGCAUUGACACAAAAUAAUUUGACAGCUCUUCAUGUUGCUGCCUCCGCAGGUCAUUGCGACGUAGUAGAUUUACUGCUUGAUGAAGGUGCAUACGUAAACGACAUUGGAAUAGACAAAUGGACACCGCUGCAUUGGGCUUGCAGAAAUAAUCACAAAGAUGUUGCAGAUAAAUUGAUUGAUAGAGGUGCUAACAUUGAAGCAUUGACUCAAAAAAAGUAUACAGCUCUUCAUAUUAGCGCUUCCGAGGGUCACACCGAUGUUGUCAAUUUUCUAAUUGAUAAAGGUGCCAACGUAAACGCUACGGAAAUAGAUAAAUGGACACCGCUCCAUUUAGCUUGCCAGAAUGGCCACAAAGGUGUAGUGGAGACUUUAAUUAGGAGAGGCGCCAACAUCAACUCACUAACACAUAAUGCAUGGACAGCUCUUCUUACAAGUGCUUCCAGCGGUCACUGUGCUGUUGUAAAUCUGCUGCUUGAUAAUGGUGCCAACGUGAAUGAUGUUGAAAUAAACAAAUGUACACCGCUUCAUGUAGCAUGCCAGAAUGGUCAUAAAGAGGUUGUUGAAGCACUGAUCAUAAAAGAUGCCACCAUCGACGCAUUGACUCACAAUGAAUGGACUGCUCUUCAUAAAAGUGCUUCAGAGGGUCACUCAGAUAUUGUAGAAUUACUACUAAACAAAGGGGCUAACGUAAACGCUUCUGAAAAAGACAAAUUGACUCCACUCUAUUUAGCAUGUCAGAAUGAUCACGUAGAUGUCGUGAAAGCUUUGAUUGAAAAAGGUGCAAACAUUGAAGCUUCGAGUCGCAGUCAGUGGACUGCUUUGCAUGUAAGUGCUUUCAAAGGACACUGCGAUCUCGUAAAUUUCCUGCUUGAUAAAGGUGCAAAAGUGAAUGCUUCUGAGAAAAACAAAUCAACGGCACUUCAUUUGGCAUGUCAGAAAGGCCAUAAAGUUGUAGUGGAGACAUUGAUCAAACGAGAUGCCAAUAUUGACGCAUUGACUUUAAAAAAACUCACACCUCUCCAUGUAAGUGCUUCGGAAGGCCAAUGCGAUGUUGUAAACUUACUGCUUGCAAAUGGUGCAAGCGUAGACGCCGUUGAUACCGGUAGAAGAACGCCGCUUCAUAUGGCAAGCCAGAAUGGUCACAUCGAUGUAGUGGAGACAUUGAUAAAAAAUAUGGCCAACAUUGAAGCAUGGGCUUACAACAAAUGGACACCUAAUAAUAAAAGUACUUACAAGGGUUACCGUAUUGUUACAGAUUUUUUGCUUAACAAACGUGUAAAUCUAAACGCUGCUCGAACAGACAACUGGACUCCGCUUCAUUUUGCGAGUCUGAAUGGCCACAAAGGUGUUGUAGAAAGUUUGAUUAGAGCUAGUGCCAACAUUGAAGCAUUGACUGAGGCAAAAUGUACAGCGCUUCAUUUGAGUGCUUUCGAAGGUUACCGCGAUAUUGUAGAAAUUCUACUGCAUAAAGGUGCACACAUAAACGCUGCGGAAACAUUCAAUUGGACUCCACUGCAAUGGGCAUGCCAGAAUGGCCAUAAAGAGCUUGUGGAGACAUUGCUAAGCAGAGGUGCCAACAUUGACGCGUUAAAUAAGAAGAAACGUUCUGCUCUUCAUAUCAGCGCUUUGAACGGUCACGCCGAUUUAGUAGAUUUACUGCUGGACAAAGGCGCUGUGUUCGACACUGUUGACGAAAAUGGACACACGCCACUCAGUUCAGCAUUGCAAUACGGGCACCAAGAUAUAGUGGACGCUUUAGCCAGACGUGACACCACGAAAAAGUUCAGUAGAAUAUUACCAAACGCGAGAUUUUACAAUUUAGAACCCUCUUCCUCCCCUACGUAAAAACUUUUGUAUGGGAAUUUUGGAAAUUUUGUAUGAAGUGUAACGCAGCAGUGGAUCCCCUUUCUUUGCGUUAUGCAACAUGUGAGAAAAAUCAACAGAUUUAUUUCAUCCUAGCAGCUGAUUAUUUUGUUAAGACCCCUAUAAAUACGAUUAUGCUGAGACACUACCAACGUUACCACCAAGCUUGCUAUUUGAUGAAAACAUUCGCGAAAUGAUGCGAUUUGCUUUCGACAACGAAUACGUUUUCACCCAUCCUCGCUUUAUUCAAUCAACCUCCCAUACGAGUAGCACACAAACGGACUCAACACUGAUCAGCAUAGUUGACUCCUCCUUUUCGCCGUUGAGCCGUUGCGUUCUAGCCAAGCAUCUCUUUUCAUCGCUUUCGAUGCUUUUCGACAGCUUAUCGCGAAGCAUCGUUGGCUGGAAGCUUUAUUAGUAUGGUAUCGGUACAUGCGAAUGUUGCUUCUGUGUGCGUGUCGAGCGUUCGUGCCGUAGCUUCGCAAACCAACCUAUUCGGUAUGGUUCGGCUGUUCGGGCGAGCGUGUGACGGCACAGUCAGAUGUGUGCAAAACAAGGAAUUGGCAUCCCUAUCCCACCAAUGCAAUGUUUUCGUAGCCAGCAUAACAGCGGCUCAAGCGUAGGGCUCAAGCUGACAACCUAUCUUUCAACACAGCAGCAUAACUUUAAUGCUGGGUAAGAAAACAAGAAGACCAUAACAGUCCCCUGGUGCAAAAUCGUUUGUGAUUUACAUCAUGUUCGUUUUGCCACCUCUUUGCUGCUGGUCAUCGCUGAUCAGUGCAUAGUUCAAUCGCACGCGAUAAAUAUACAGUUGAUGAGUUGUGAUGAGCACUAGUGAGGUGAUCAUUUGCAUCACCACACUGUCCAAGCCGUAAAUAAUGCAUAAAUACGGUGUUGAGAAAGCGAUCAUUACUCUGUAUGUACAAUUAAAGGUAAAUUAACUUUGGAAUAGGGCACCAAUAUAAUUGCAUUGUAGCUUCAGUUUCACUUGGAAGAAAAUUGCAAAAAAAACGCAAACCUCGACGGAACAGACGCUAUGUGUUCCAGGGUUUAUUGAAUAAUAAGUGUGGGACAUACGGGCUUCUCACGGUAGGCUAAUUUAUUUCAGAAAAAUAUUCUACAGCGUAAUUGUGAGAAAAACUGCAUGAAAUUGACAGUAGCAUAGUAUAGCAUAGCAUAGCACGAAUACUUGCACAAAUCGUGCAUGAAGAUGAGCACAUCCAAUAAUGGAUACAAUUGCAAUUGUAGAUUUCACUACUAAAUAUCUAUAAAAACAUUAUCAUGAACUAGAAAAGCGUUCAAAAAUAAACGGCUUCCAAUAGACGAUAGGAUAGUGAAAAUGGCGAAUAAAGAAAUAUGAUAAUACAACAAUAUAGUGUACAAAAAAUUAAUCGGAAAAGGAACUGCUUGAAAAUCGACAAUACCUUUUUAUUGCUUGCACAUGUACUUGAAAAAAAUUUAGCAGAACAAUUGACAGCAUGAAUCACAGAAACACAGAAACUACAAAAAAAAAUCACAAUAUUACGCAUGUUAUGGGAAUGUUGUGUUUUCGGUUCGAAUGCUAGUUCCGCAUUCUAAACAAAAGCGUUGCUAAGGCCCCACAGGUGGAAGGUGAUCCGAGAACGUAACGCUACCAAAGGCCAUGAUCUCGAUUUCAUGAAAAAAGUUGCUCGGAAUCAUGCAAGCGGUAGCUCAAACUACGAAACCAUAAUUCACGAGCAUGAUUUCAUGAUUGGACAUAAGCUAUAUUCGUUUUUGUCCCUACCUUCACAAAGAAUAUCUAACGAAAAAGUUAAAAAAUUAAACUACAGGAAUUUUGAACGUUUUUUUUUUUCUUUAUUGAAGACUUGUUUAACUUGCAAAAAAAUGUAUGUGACACAGAAAAAAAACAUCAUGUAAAGGUUCCCUACUAUAUUACAAUCCAGGGCCCCUACAUUUAUAAACCCGGCCUGACCAAUCAGAAGAACUUAAUUGGACCCGCGUUAUGGAGAGCAUGAAGCUUCCAUUAGGAUUUGAUUGAUAGAAGAAAUAUUAAUUGUGCCAAUAAGUUAAGAAUUAAUUAUUUAAAAAAAAACACAGAACACAAUCCCUUAUCACGGCUAAUGACAAACGAUGACGCAUCGUAUCUUUCCCCGAAUAGGCCAUUUCAGCUGACAGGUCCGUGUAUGCCACUGUUUACAACUGCCAAACAAAGGUGUAAACGCUGAACUGCCAUUUUCAUAGGAGAAAUGUCAAAGGGUCCCAAAAUCUGCUUCUAACACGUAUAUGACAUCCCUAUUCCCACCCAAUAGGAUUGUUUGCAGCCAACAUCAAUUGGGUUCCCCCAUUGACAAUGCAUUUGAGUUCCCUAAACAUUGGUGCAAGAUGCGGGAAUCGAAAACGUGACGUCAUCGCACCCUGGUGGUUUCUAAGAAGGUGGCAACCCUGCCAAUAAUGACAGUUUGUUCUGGGCAUAGAGAUAAGUGACAUUUCAACACACGAACACUAGCGCAAAUUUUUCCUCACACAAAAGUGCACGCCGAUUGAAAGGCUAUUCAGAUUGCAUAUGCAAAUAUUACCCAAUCGAAUUGGGUAAAACGGGUAAAUAAUGAUAAAACUAACGUCCGGGGCAGGAGUGCAAAUAUUUUCCUCGCAGUUUCACAACUACAUCGACAAAAAAGGCACGCAUACAUUUGAACGUGAUUACCUCUAUGGAUUGGUAAGACGAAAGAAGGAAGAAGUGCGGAAAAGAGGGAAGAAAAGGAGCUACCGACCAGCUAAAUGAAAAUAAGGUGACCCAUUGUAACUGAUUCUCUAAGACAACAGAUGACAGAAAACUGAAGAACGUUAAAAAAAAGUUCAAAAAUGGGCAUCGUUCCAGUUGAGUAGCGUAAGCCAGAUGACCACCUCGGCAUAGCCUACAGCCCAGAUUUGGAAGAUUUUGUAGGACGUUGAUCCGGAAAGGACAAGGAAGCGAGCAGGUGGAUUCUGGAACCUGUUCGUCUUGCAAACAACGAGAGAAGAUAUCGGCGAGCUCGGCGCCGAUAAACAGUGAGUUUGGCCAUCGCUGAAUCACACGAAACCGAGGUUGCGUGAUGGACGUCUUUACGGUGAGGUCCUUGGGCUUGCCACCGCUUAAAAUCCAAUGAGUUGCGACCCCAUCUGCGGGAGCUGGAACGUCGAUGGAGUUUACAACGUAGCUCCACAACCCACAACCAUCCACUGGGGAAAAAUCUCAUUUGCUCCACCCACUACAAAUUACUAAAGAAACAUUCACGGCAACCAGCAUGGAGGGUUACACGUAUCAACAACACCUACCUACAACUGAGGAUUCCUCGGUUUGCCUGCUGAGAUUAGAAAUAGGGGAGGA